AUGACUUCAGCGCUAUACCUGGAACACUAUUUGGACAGUUUGGAGAACCUUCCUGUGGAACUACAGCGAAACUUUACUCUUAUGAGAGACCUGGACUCAAGGGCUCAAGAAUUGAUGCGCAACAUCGAUAAGCUGGCCGAUGAUUACAUGUCUAAUGUUAAGGGAUACUCCAAUGAAAAAAAGAAUGAAAUUAUGACCAGCAUACAACGUCAGUUUGACAAGGCGAAGGAAUACGGGGAUGACAAAGUUCAAUUGGCGAUACAAACUUAUGAAUUAGUGGAUAAACAUAUUAGAAAAUUGGAUUCUGAUUUAGCCCGCUUUGAAGCCGAAAUACAAGACAAAGCUAUCAGUGCAACAAGGAAUAUAGAGGAAGGUUCACAAAAACGAGGACGUAAGAAGACCAAAGACAAAGAAGUGAAAAAGAAAAGUGCAUCAAGUGAAGAAGAAUCGGUUACUAAAACAUCCAAAAAAAAACAACUGAAAAAAGUAGGAGCAAAAUCGACCAGUGCAGCACCUAGCAAAACACCUUUGGUCAGUGUUGUCACUAAUCCGACAAACCCUACCAAUAGCGUAGCCAGUGUUACAGUAGAGACUAGUUCUCUUACUGGUGCAUUGGUUGGUGCCGGAGUUGCUCACUCGGCUGAAGUAUUAGACAUGCCUGUUGAUCCAAAUGAACCAACAUACUGUUUAUGCAACCAAGUUUCUUAUGGUGAAAUGAUAGGCUGUGAUAAUCCAGAUUGUCCUAUCGAAUGGUUCCACUUUGCAUGUGUCAAAUUAAUUACCAAGCCCAAAGGAAAAUGGUUCUGCCCAAAAUGUAUUACAGACAGGAAGAAAAAAUAA